GCAAGUGAUCACUGCGACCGUGUUCAAUCCCCGUUGCUUUCGCGACCAUUAGAUCGCCACAAUACGUACGCUUUGUCGGUGCGGGUGAGUUAUAAGAGGAUGCAGCUUAUGCGGCUUAUCUGGAGCAGUUGCUCAGGAACUCUACCUCAACAUCAAGGCUUCACAAAUCCCUCGAGAAAGAAGACAUCGGUCACUAAUUCACUGUCGUUUACGUCCCAUGUUGCCGUCUCCGCCACGCAGGCGACCAGUUUGUCACGCUUGUGGCACCCCAAUGGCUGGGCACAAACGUCCAAACGGAUCACCCAUAUGUCCGCCUGCACCUCCGCCACCGCCUCCCAGACUUCCUCCGACACCUGUCUCCGCGAGGCGCCCUCAGCCUCUCCAGCGCACAGUCGCCGUGCAAGAAUUCGAGAUUCCACCAGACGGUGUCUACCGCCGGCGUAACCCUAACUGGGUAGACCGGCGGCCGGUCGCGCAACCAAUCGGGGGUGACGAUCGUCACAAUAGUUGGGACCCCACCGAGCCUGCAGAGAGCGAGCGCGGCGUUGGACGUGACGAUGACGAGAACCCAUUCAUCGACGGUAACGGCCAGGAAGACAACGCAAGCUCCUCAUCCUCCCGUUCGUCCUCGACUUCAAGCUCGUCUUCGAGCUCGUCAUCGGCGUCUAGUUCGCAGUCAUCUCGUCCCCGACGGACGAUGUCGCAGGCACUCAUAAACAGCAUUCCCCUCGCCAGUUUAUUCAGUAGUCCAAGCGACGACAUUCCGGCCAUCAGCCGAGUUGCGCGUCGCGCUAAUCUCGCGAUGGGCCUUAUUCGACGUCCACGACAGGACGCACCCCCCAUCAAGUCAGAGGGCGGCGGCCGCAUCCACGGGGCGAACAUUGGGCGCCAGAACUCGUGGUGGGUAGUCAUGGGUCGCGACAAGGGCGCUGUCUCGCACUUGAUGGACGUCCACGAGCGAGAUGAGAGGGGUCAGCAGGAUGAAGAGCUUGACUCAGCUCCAAACGUCAAAGUUGGCGCGUAUCCUGUGGACCCUCGCUCCAUCAGUAUGACCUUCAUCGACGUGAUCAUUGCUGGCGCCAUCGGGGGUUUUAUCGUUUUGUAUGGUCUGUCCCUUCUGUAG